AUGAACAAAAUACUGAGAGAACUCCACAACAAUCAAAUAAUAGAUAAGUCCGUAUUUUGGCAUUUACAUUCAACUUCAUCAUCUCUUUCAGUCUUAUAUGGACAACCAAAAGUCCAUAAAACAGGCUACCCAUUAAGACCUAUCAUCUCAACUAUCGUAUCUUACAACUACUCACUCUCAAAAUAUUUAGCUAAACUCAUCUCAAAUCAUCGUACAGAAACUCCACCAUCAUAUAUAAAAGGCUCUUUCGAACUAGUUAAAAAACAGAAAACGAUCACCAUUAAAACAACCACCAUAAUGGUCAGCUUUGACGUCGAAUCACUCUACACAAACGUUCCUGUGAAAGAAGCAAUAGAACUCGCAUUAGAUAUAAUCUACAAACGACCAAAUAAACCUGAUAAACUUCUUACUCGGAAACAGACACAACAACUAUUACAUCACGCUGUAUGCGACGUAUCGUUUCGAUUCAUGGACAAAACAUACAUACAAAAAGAUGGCGUUGCGAUGGGCAAUGCAAUUGCACCAAUACUUGCCGACUUAUUCAUGAUAAAAAUGGAAGAAAAGCUCAAUCGAUUCACAAAAAAACAGACCAAAAAUAUGGCUCCGAUAUGUCGAUGA